CUUCUUCUUAUAAUCCUUCGCGAAAAGAGAGCUCCAAGGCGCUCGAGAAGAACCGGGAGCUGCUUAUCACAAAGGCCUUCCAAAGGCCCAGAUGAAGGAGCCCAGAUGAUUAACGCCACAUGCAAUUCCACGGCCAUGCCGUACAGAGACAGCCAGCAUCUUCUGGUCGCGGUAUACAGCAUCGUCUUUAUCAUAGGCAUCCCAACCAACUGCUUAACCGCCUUCUUGACGCUCGUUCAGAUUCGCAGGGGAACCAUCACUGCCAUCUACCUCUUCGGCCUCUCCCUUUGCGAACUGAUGUACCUGUGCACCCUCCCUCUUUGGAUCGUCUACGUGCAAAACGGCCGCAAGUGGGAGAUGGGGUACCUAUCCUGCCAGGUGACCGGAUACAUCUUUUUCUGCAACAUCUACAUUAGCAUUCUCCUCCUGUGUUGCGUCUCUGUCGACCGCUACGUAGCGGUCGUGUACGCGCUGGAAAGUAGAGGAGUACGGUGCCAGAGGACGGCUGCGAUAGUCACCACCUCCCUCUUUGCCACGGUCGCCGUGAUCUAUUGCCCCGUUUUUUUCCAGGAAGAUAUACAGGACAAGAACAGCAAGAUUUGCUUUGAAAAGCCCCUCAACCGCCGUUUGGCCUUAUACAACGUGGCACGGUUCUUUGUGGGCUUCCUCAUUCCGUUCACUCUGCUCCUUUUCAUGAACUACAAGAUCUUCCAAAGCAUCAAGAGCAGCUGCGGCCUCAGCCCACCCCAGAAAACUAAAGUGAAGUUCCUGGCAAUUGCCAUCAUUGCCAUAUUCCUGGUCUGCUUCGCCCCUUACCAUGUUGUGCUGCUCAUAAGGUCCGGGGUCUACUUUCUCUACCCGGCGGAGAGCUGCAGUUUCGAGAGAGGCGUCUACACUAUAUCCGUAGUGUUCCUCUGCUUCUCCACCGCCAACAGUGUGGCGGAUCCCUUCAUCUAUGUGCUGGCUAGCGAGAACGCCAGGCGUGAAAUUUGCCGGGCUUUCGCGGCGUGCGGGAUUCCGCUGUCCAUCGGCUCCAAGAUGGACAGCAGCAAGGCCGACGAUUCCCAAAGGCCGACGAAGGAGACAGGCACGUUAGGAAAGAAAGAGGGCAGGUAGCGCCACCUCCUCUGCAGGACUUCUGCGUUAAAAAGCAAGUGGGUGUUGGCCAUUUUCUUCAGAAGGGAGGGAACGCCUUCAUCUUCCCCUAAUGUCACUUGGGCCGAGUAACAACUUGCCUGCUUUGGGGGAUAAGUACUGCUUGGUGUACAGUGUGGUCUCGUUUGCAUUGUGUACGAUGAAUAGCCCUUUCAGCAAAUCCUGGCUGUUAUGCAUAUCAGGAUGAUGUCAUGGUGUCGUGACUUGCAGCUGAAU